CUCCGAGGCGGACGCCCCGGGACGAGCUCGGGCGUUUGGGAGGCCCGCGCUGCACCCUCGCCGGCCGGCGAUCGGGAUCCGUCCCGGGUCCGUUCUAGUCCUUUGCCGGGCGCUACAUAGCGGCCGCUUUGAGAUCGUCCCUUCCCUCCGUAGCUUCGGCGACUUUCGCGAGGGCUGUGACUCAGCCGCCAGGCCCGAGGCAGAGUUCCGGGAGGCGCUAAUGCUGGCGGCGACUGUCCCGGUGGCGCCGAGGCGUGGGCGCUUCCUGCUGUAGCCGGAGAUUGGCUGAGCAGAUUUGUAUGGUGUGAGGCCGGCCUUGCGCUUCGGGGACGUGGUUGAGGUGGUCCUGGUGGGUUUACCAGCACGCCCUGGUACCCCUCCGCCCGCAAGAGUGAGCGUGUUUAUAGUACACGGUGUUCGUGCCCGACGUCGUCCUCCACGUGCUGGUGGUCGUACUUUCUCAAUUUUUCCGAGUCAUCCGAAGGUGCGGAACGACACGGAUGUACUCGGACGGCGCUUGGCUUUCCCCGGCCUCUCCGCUGGAUCCCGAACUUAUUCACCAACUUUUUACGUCUCUCGCCGGAGUGGAGCCGGCCCGGAUGGAGAAACGAGGAGGCACUGGGAGGGCCACAGCGGGCCUCCUCUUCCUCCUUCCCACGGGACCAUGACGCCCGACCCACAGGCCGUCUGGCGGUGCGUGCUCGCUGACUUGGGGACCCGGCUCCGUCCAGGUGCCGUCGCGGCAGUGGAGCUGCUCCCCGGCGACCACCUUCGUUUCUCCAGGUUCCACGCGAAGCGGUCACGGGCCUCCGUAGAUGGGAUUCCCUUCAGGUCAGGCUGCAUAUACAAUGUUCCCGUCACCUGUUCUCCUCGGCGCACCGCUUGUUUGUUGACAGCACACGCAGGUCCCCUCACCGCGGGGUACGACACGGAGUGUCGCGGGCGAGCGAGGAGGACGCUCCAGGCGGCGUCCGUCCCACUUGUGUCUCGGUGGUCGGAGCCCCUAACAAACGUUUGGGAAACGGGGUGCGGCCUGGGCCGUCCGCUGAUUGCCCGGAGGAGCCCCGAGCCCGUGCGCAAUCCUGGUUGGAAGCGGUUGUCUGAGGCUGCCCCACGGAAUAAGCUCUCUCUCUGGAUCCUAGGAACGGUCUCUGGACCCGCGGUGGCCCACACCGGACCGAGCAACGCGACGGAGGGCGGCCUGGGUCGACCCCAGGAGUUAGGGCGGCGGCUGUACGCCUGCGCCCUUGCACGACCCGGGUUCGUCCCGCUGAGAUUCGCACCAGUGGAGCUUCACCUGGGGGCUCCUGCAGCAAGUGUAAGACUCACAGUAGACUCACCACAAUGUGGGCAUUCAUGAAAUAAGAAAUCCUGAGAUUUUGGUAAAGAAAAUUACCAUUGUUUUUGUUACUCAACUCUAGUGUAAUUAUUACCACUGUUUGCAGUUAAUUUUGAAAACACUGACUAAAGAUUCUUUAUCCCAAGUGUAUUUGAAGAUGUUGAAAGAGGGUUUCCAGAAUACAGAAUUUUCUAUAUACGCCUGGGAGUCAGGGAACUCAUCCCUCUAAUCAUGAAGUCCUGCCCCACUCCCUGCAGGAAGCAAUCUGGAAAGCCAGACACAAAUCUGUGCAGCAACAGACCCCAAGGGUCAGUGCUUGCUCAGUGACUGAAAACUUCCUCAUUAGUCAUUCUUUGCAUUCAGAGCCGAAUGUAGGAAAGCCAAAUAUGUUGCCCUAGGCAGUCAUGCGGGCUUCCCCUCUUCUUGUCCGCCGCCUCCAGCUUCCUCACAUCACAGCUUUCUUUUUUGCCACCAGAAAGCACUUCUGCGUGUGCUUGGGUCAGUGUAACGUGAGAGGCGGUGUCUGUGCCUCUCAGUCUGUAGUGCCGGCUCUGAACAAAUAGUGUUUGUCUCGCUUGGGAGGUCUUUCCUCAUGUCUACGGAGCUUAGUAGAGUGAGAAUGAGAACCAACCAAUAAACAAACAGCUCAGGAUUAUAUGUGUUUUUGACGUUCUCUUAUAAAAAUCACAUUUACUCAUGAUGAUUUUUAAAGUGAGAUAGAUACACAUAUCAUAAAAUUCACCCUUUCAUAAGUGUACAAUUCAGUGAUUUCGAGUUGACAUAGAAAGUUGUACAACCAUCAUCAGUACUAACUGAGAACAUUCCAUCACCUCAGAAAGAAAUCCAGACCUCAUUAUACAGUCACUUCCCCUCCCCACUCUUCCCCAUUAGCCUUCAGCAACCGCCUGUGUGCUUUUUGUCUAUGGAUUUGCCUGUUCUGUAUAUUUCAAGUAAUUGCAAUUGCACAAUUCUGGACAUCUCUGUCUGGCUUCUCACACUUAGUGUCAUGUUGUGGCGUCUCAUCCAUGUAUUAGCCUGUGGUUCAUUCAUCUGUUUCACUUAAGAAUUUGCCAUUCUAGGGCUUCCCUGGUGGAGCAGUUGUUAAGAACC